GCCUCCGUCCUCCCGCACGGACAGGCUUCUGUGUCCCGGGCCACGACUGCGGAGUCCCUCAGCUCCUUGGCAGGUUCAGAAUCUUGACCAAGGACUCCAGAGGAUGUGGCUGCUGGUCCCUGCGCUCCUGGCUGUGGGCCAUUGCCUGGCCCUGGCCAACCAGGAGGAUUCUGGCCCCAUGGACCCCGGCCCCUCAGACGUCCCUCCCGGGCCGGCCCUGCCCUGCCACAAGCUCUCCGUGAGCAACAUAGACUUUGCCUUCGACCUCUACCGACAGCUGGCCUCAGAGGCCCCCGGAGAGAACGUCCUCUUCUCCCCCGUGAGCAUCUCCUGGGCCUUGGCCACGCUGUCCCUCGGAGCCCCUGCCGCCAGCAGGGCCCACCUCCUGGAGGGCCUGGGCUUCAACCUCACGCUGGUUUCCGAGGCCGAGAUCCAGGAGGGCUUCCGGGACCUGCUGCGCAGGCUCCCCGUGCAGGGCCCCCAGCUCCUCCUGACGCUGGGCCAGCGCAGCUUCAGCGGCCUGGGCCCGGGGGCUGCCCAGGACCCGGCGGGGGCCCAGCACAGCAUCCGGGAGUAUGUAGAGAAGCAGACCCGGGGGCAGCUUGGCGCCUGGGUGGAGGAACUCAGCGAUGCCACCGCGGAGGUCCUGGUGAGUCACCUGCUCCUCAGAGCCGGGUGGGCGCGACCCUUUGACCCGAGAGCCACCAGCCUGAAGAAGUUCUUUGUGGACGAGCACAGGGCCGUGCAGGUUCCCAUGAUGAGGCAGAAGGCUCGCCACCGCCUCCUGCACGACCCCGAGCUGCAGUGCACGGUGCUGCAGAUGGAGCACGCCGCCAGCGCCACCACCUUCUUCGUCUUCCCCCAGCGGGGUCGGCUGGGGCAGCUGGAGGACUCCCUGCUGCCCGAGACGCUGAUCAAGUGGGACAGUCAGCUCAGGACCAGAGAACUCGAUUUCUACUUCCCUAAGUUCUCCAUCUCCAGCACCGCCAGACUGGAGCUGCUCCUCCCAGGAGCGGCUGUGGGCGGAGGCCUCCCCGAGCAGCCCGGACUGAACAUCUCGAAGGUUGCACACAAGGCUGCGAUGACUCUGGAUGAGGGGGGCACAGAGGCGGCCGCCGCCACCAGCAUCCAGCUCACGCCGGGGCCCCGCCCCGACCUCGACCUCGACACCUCGCCCGCUCCAGACACGGAGUUCAACCGGCCCUUCCUGGUGAUGACCUUCCACACAGACACGGGGAGCAUGCUUCUCCUGGGGAGGGUUGUCAACCCGCUGGGGUGAUGCGCUGGGUGACCCCGAGCAGAGCGGGGCCGAGUCAGCAUCGGUGUGAAAGGCCACGGCCAGCGUGGCCUUCGGGUUCAAAGGCUUGGAGAAAGAGCUGACGCACGAAUUAACACACAAGACAAGAAAUAAUAAUUUUGAAAUUAUGGGGGGAAGCCAGGGAAAACUCAACUGUAGUAGUCAAGUUCCACUGACUAGAAAACACAAUUGCCUUUUAGGAAUGCAAACAGACAUAUCCAUGGUGAUUGUU